UGAUGUCGUCAGAAGACGCGUCGUGUGUAUAAUCAGUCGCGAACCCUAUACUCUACAGAGGACUCUCACGUCUCUCUUAGCCCUGUCUUCGUGUUCUUAUUCGGUGCAGAAAUGUCGAAGAGGAAUCCGGACGACAACCAGUUGUACAGCUCUCCCGAUCCUUCCAGCAGUGGAGUCGGUUGCUGUGGUUACCUGUUAAUCGGACUUUCUUACUUUUUGAUACUCAUCACAUUCCCAAUAAGCAUAUGGAUGUGUUUCAAGAUAGUGCAAGAAUAUGAAAGAGCUGUCAUCUUCACACUAGGACGAAUCAAACCAGGAGGUGCUAAAGGCCCAGGUCUUUUUUGGAUAGUACCUUGCACAGACAACUUCGUGAAGGUGGACAUGAGGACAGUCAACUUUGACAUCCCUCCUCAAGAGAUUCUCACCAAGGACUCUGUGACGGUGAGUGUGGACGGCGUGGUGUACUACCGUGUACAGAACGCCAUCCUGUCUGUGGCCAACAUCACCAAUGCCAACUCGGCCACACAGCUGCUUGCCCAGACAACGCUCCGCAAUGUGCUGGGCACCAAGAACCUGGCCGAGAUCCUGUCUGACCGGGAGGAGAUCGCGCACACCAUGCAGCUCACACUGGACGAAGCUACAGACAACUGGGGAAUCAAGUUGGAGAGAGUGGACAUCAAGGACGUCAAGUUGCCCCAGCAGCUCCAGCGGGCCAUGGCAGCUGAGGCUGAGGCAACACGAGAGGCUAGAGCCAAGGUGAUUUCAGCGGAGGGAGAGAUGAACGCAUCGCGGGCACUCAAGGAGGCGGCCCAGGUAAUGGGGGAGGCCCCAGCAGCCAUGCAGCUCCGCUACCUGCAGACCCUCAAUACCAUUGCUGCCGAGAGGAACUCCACCAUCAUAUUCCCACUGCCCAUGGACCUGCUGCAGGGCAUGGGGGCAUCAUGGAAGAAAUGAGCCUUGCAUCGAGGUCCCAGGGAGUGACACCUUGAGCAUUAUUGUCAACCCUACCAAUUUGAGUAGUAGGCUUCCGAGUUUUAAUAUCUUGCUACUGCAUACCGAUGGUCAAAAUUGAUCAUAUCCAUCCUGAAACAAUUUUUUUUUACAAAUCUCUGCUUUGAAAAUCGAUUGGCAUCCAGUAAAACGGUUUAAGAAUGUAAACCUUCCACUUAAUUUGGUAGGGCUGGCAAGUAUGCCCCGAGGUCGUAAUCAGCAUUCAACAAAUUAAGUGGCUGUGUGUUGACUUGGAGUCAACGUUACAAUGCAUUGAUUCAUAAAUAAAUAUUGAUUCUUACGCUAUAAUACGUAUGUCGAUUAAUAACUAUUUUUGUGUGUACAUUUUUAAUUAAACGCAUGUGAACCCUGAAGCUGCUAGAAGUAGUUCCAUUGACAAUGUUAAAUACAUAUUUUGUUGAGUUGUGAUAAAUUACAUUCCUAAUGCUUAUUGUUGGGGUUAUGUUGGUACAGGAAGGUGUGUGUAAUUUUUAUAUAAAAGUAACAAUAUCAUACUAAUACAGACACUUCGAAUUUUACGUUUUGUUUUGUAACAAAGUUUAUCUGUCAGCAUAUAUUACAUCUAUAUUAUACAUAGUUUUUUUCUGAUUAAAUAUAAACAAUGAAACUG